UAAAAAUGUAUUGCUGGUUGCCUAUUUGCUAUAGAGCUCUCUUAAAUGCAAAAUUUUCACUUUUUUACAAGAACCAGUUUACGGGAUUAACUCAAAUUCCAUGUUUAACCUCAAAAUUUUGAAUUUAAACCGAAAAUUUCAGUUAACUCAAAAUUUCAAAUUUGAAAUUGAAAUUUGCAAAAUUUGAAGUGCAAACUCGAAAUUUCGAAUUUAGUCUCAAAAUUUAGCAUUUGACCAUGUUUUGAGCAAAACUUUGCUUUGAAAACAGAAAAUAUUCAAUGCUUUUUUAUUAAUGGAAUGUUUUCAGAAUUUUGGAAAUUCUGCCGAUCAAAACGUGUUUACUAUUUGUACCAAAAAGGGUGCAACACGUUAGCGACUUUCCAAACGAAUCCGACUGACGAUUGCCAUUCCAUUUUCUAGUAGCGCUCUGAAUCGACGCGAUUCCGACUAGGCACUCUAAACGCAUAAACUAGUAGCCGCGAUACUGAUAAAAGUUGAUGUUAGCUGAGAAUUUAAAUAGUAAAUAAUGGGAACAAACUUCAUAACAUUCUUGAAUUUUAUAACGUAACCUCAAACUCGUAAACUGUAUUGCUCACAUGCUGUUCCGUGACAAGAGAUUUAAACUAAAAAAAAGUGAACACGGGGACCGUCCGUCACCGAUUUCGUUGUCUGGAACGGCCCCGUUUCAAGUACAAUAAGACGAGACGUCUUUUUUUCCGCCGCAUUUAUUUUUUAAAUUGUCACUUACCGUAACGUUGUGUAUUUUCAGAGACUUUUUCUAGUGUGAUUUUUAUAAAAGCCAUAUGCUCUUUUUAUAGUGAGGUUGAUAUAUAAGUCGAAUAAACUUAACGGGGAUUGUUACUGUGACGGGGGAGAUCUAUCACUUUAGGUGAUUCGUUUAACCCAGCGUUUAUUUUUCGUUAAAAAAAUAUAUAUACAGCGAGACGUUCUUUUUCCUCCGAAAGUUGUAUGCCUCUUGUAAAGUUUUGUGACACACCCUGUAUAUUGAUUACGUGAUACGAUUAUAGAUAAUUAAUUACUCAUUACGGACGUAAUCUACAAGAUCCUCAUUCUUCUUAAUUUUGUAGAUUGGCGCCCCGAAACAAUUAAUAGGUGUUUAAAUUUUGAAUAUUGUAUAAAUAUAUGUUUUAAGGAUGCACUGUAAAUUUAAUACUGAAUGGAUAUUUUCAGUAAGUAUGUAGUUAUGUAGGAAAUGCAGCGUCCACGAUGGUUUACUUGUUCGUUGGAAUCUUCCGUGGCUGUUGCGAGUGGUGCAGGUACCUAUUAGCGAUGACGUAAAAUCACUUAUUGAUUUUACCUUUACGGAAUUAGUCUUGGUCGCAAACCGCAACCCGCAUUGCAUGAAUUCGCAAUGUGGGUUGCAUAAUCAAUCUACGUUAACCGUAGUAGCAGUCCGUCGCCCGCAUUACACGAACGGUAAUACUGGUUGCAUAUCUUGUGGCAAGCAGUGACUCGUAUUACACGAACGGUGCGAUACUGGUUGCAUAAUUGAGAAUGGAACUGAAUCUUUUUUUAUUUUUUUUAUAUCGUGGGUACCUCGCAUCGCGACUUGUAUAUUUUUUAUUCUUAUAUAAUAAUGGAUAACUGCCAAAGAAAACUAUUGAUGCCUGUAAUGAGAUUGUACGUUAUAGGGUAAAUGUUACUUUAUUAUCGCAUAUAUACGGUGUAAUUUCAAAUUAAAUUUAAAUAAAUGUCUAUGUAAGGAUGGAAUUUUUUCAGUUUUCCAGCUUUAUACAUCGAAGCAGGCCUGUGAAUUGGGCGGAGUCUGAAUUUUUUUAUCUUCCUCCGUAGUGCUGUGCUUUUUAUUUGUACAGUCGCAUUCUUUUCUUGUAAAAUAAUGUUUCCCCACCCAAUUAUUUAUUUAUACUCGGUUUAGAAUCUAACUAACGUAUAAGUCAUUGUAUUAUAGCAAGUUCAUGUAAGUAAAUAUUCAUUUUCAAUGUUGUGACUUUUUUUUCAUUUCCCGCAUCGAAGACUUGUCCGUUAUCUUUCGGCACUUAUCCGGAUUGCGGUGGUGGUAGUAGUUGGGUAGUUUUGUUUAUUACCACUAUUAACGCAUGCUGAUAAUAAACCAUUUCGAAAAAUUGUUUGUUCAAGAUUUCUAGUAAGGAAAACUGCUGUUUGUCUUCAUUUGAUAAGAUUUUUUCUGAAAAAAUUGUUUGAAUUCGUCCUAACUAACUUGACACCUUUGAAAUAGAGUAAAAAUAGUUAAAUCAAUCCAUCACUCAACCCCACUGUUUUGGUUGUACCGUAACCACGGCGAUCACGAAUCAAACAACGCAAACAAUCCCACAAAUUGACAGUAUGUCAGAUGGUACAUUUUUGGUCUCAAUCUCUGGUCAGAUUGAGUGGUUGAACAUUUUGGCCCCGUCUGGUUCCUCUUGGUAUUGCAAGUACGAGUUCUUCUCCGGGCCGGACUGGAAACUUAUUGGCGGACUGGAGGCGGGGUUGUCCCAGGUCGCCAACGUCGUGACCAACGGGGAAAAGAUAGUGCUCAAUUUUCCCGUCGAGGUGCAGUUCAAGUCUACCAACCCUUAUGGAUGGCCGCAGAUGAUACUAAGCGUGUAUGAAAAUACGCACUUGGGAGGCUACGGUAGGGUUCACAUGCCGCUGAAGCCGGGUGCCCACACUCUCGACGUUAAUUUGUCCAAACCGAUGGCGUCGAGCAUGCUGGGUUACGUCGCGUCAUUUUUCGGAUACCAACCCGAACUGCUGCAGCCCAAGAUGCUGGCUACGACGGCCGGCAAUAACCUGAUCAGAAUGGAAACAACCGGUCACGCUCGCAUUACCGUGAAUGUGGUGACGCAGGAAUUUCAGAACUUGGGCUACGAUGCCGGGCAAAUAAGGGAUUGACAAU